AUGACCUUUAGCAUUCUACUUUUCAAUUAUCGCAAGCCUGGCGUGACUCCAGCAGAGUUCCGCGCCAAGUGUGAAGCCCUUAUCCCUCUCAUCAAGGAAAUCACCGGCCAACACUUUCCUCUUGCACAUACCCGCCGAUACCUCCUCCGCACCGAAGGCAAGGGUGAAACUGAGCGCAAUCCAACAACCCCAGCUACAGUCCCGCGAGGCUCACAGGCGGACUUUGAUUAUGAUGCCAUUGCGGAACUCACCUUUGCUGACCAGGCUGCUUUUGGGAAAUUCAUCGCACUCAUGCAGGAACCCGACAAUGCCAAGAGGAUUGCCGAAGCAGAAGACGAGGUUAUGGACAAGACCAAGAGCGGCAUUGUAGUGUUGGGAGAGACUAUCGUAACAACAAAGGACUAA